AUGAGAGCUUCUUUCGUUGCCUUGGCCCGUUCUGCCUGGAAAGGUCCUCACAUUGUUCCUUUGCCUAUUGCCGAUGCGUUAAAGACAGGUGCGCCGAUCAGGACCAACUCCAGAAACUGCACCAUCUUGCCACAGUUUGUGGGCGUCAAGUUUCAGGUCCACAACGGGAAGGAGUACGUGGCGUUUGAAAUCACCGAUGAGAUGAUCGGCCACAAGUUGGGCGAGUUCGCCCCAACCAGAAAGAGCUUCAAGUACACUCAGACCAAGAACAAAUAA